AUGCGGCGUCAACGAGGCAAACGCAUCUUUGAUUCUGCCCUUCUGCCGUGCCAGUCCCCAUCAGCCCUGCGCUGCCCCCUUCUUGGCCGCGAUAUGCGCGUCGUGCAGCUCCGCGACCGCCGGUAUAAUCAGCGCCUCAAUCUCCUCGUCGGGCUCGUCGGCAGGUACCUCGUCGGCGCGGAGCGGGCGGCCCUCGGCGUCGCCCCAGCCGCCCUUUCUCGCGACGCGCAGCCAGCGGUCGGCGCGGCGGGGGCUCACAAAGACCACUUCCCACUUGCGCGUCGUCAGCAGGUUGCCAAUGACGAGGUGGUGCUGGUAGCGGUCGAGGCUGGUGCGCGCCUUGUGCACCAGCAGCGCCGGGUCCGUCUCGAGCUUGUAGCUGGCAAUCAUGCCCUCGGGCGCCCACCCGUCGACGAGGUUCUCGAGAAACUUGGGCACGGGGUCGAGGUCCACGACGAGCCGCUUGGAGCGCGGCACGCGCGGCGCGUCAAAGUUGUCAAACGCCUCCUCCUCCUCGUCGGCCCCCGCCAGCGUGCACGCCGCGUCCGUGGACUGGAUCUUGUGCUCGGCCAUGCGCUCCGGCGGCACGAAGAAGUCGGACACGGCGGCCGCCAGGUACAGCAGGCCGGCGGGGCCGAGCGGCCGCAUGAGGCGCGCCAGCCCGCGCAGCUCGUGCAGGUAGUCGCCAAUGGUGACAAACGGGAGCAGGAGCAGCAUGUCGUGCUGGCGGGCCUUUUUGUACUCGCGCAGCACGGCGCGGAGGCGCGUCUGGUCGCGGGGGCGGACCACGACGCGCGCGUCGUCGGCGUCCUCCUCGAGGAAGUCCAGGAAGCAGUCCUUGGCGUGCGUGUAGUGCCGCGAGUACGGCUGCAGGCUGAACUCGCGGUGCAGGAAGAUGACGGCGUACCCGGCGCCGAGAAAGUACUCGGCCGACGUGGCGCCGCGCGUGCCCGCGCUGAAGUUGUCGAUGAACCGCACCGUCUGCUUCUCCAGCGGCACCGUCGUCCCGCCCGACGUGAUGAGCACGACCCGGCGCUGCGCCGCCGCGUGGGACUGAAUAAAGGUCCGCGCAGAGGCGAGGUGCGCCUCGAGGUGCCGCGGCGGCGGGUUCGACGAGAAGUAGGCGUCCUCGGCCUGGACUGA